GGAAUGCUAGUGGGACCACAGUAUAGACAGUAGAAGCGGAGUAGGUGUUUUGACAGUUACAUAAUUAGCGGUGAGCCUGGUUUAUUCCUCACAAAAAUGACUGGAGGUUAAACUGAGAGCUGAAAAAGCCAAACUCAGCUGAGAUAUGGAGAUAUCGACAGAGACAGACGCUGCGGAACGAAGGCGUGAACACUGGAAACUUUUGUCCAACCUGAAAACUACUGUAGAGGGGCUGCUCUCCACCAAUAAUCCAAAUGUUUGGUCACGUUAUGGAGGAUUACAGCGGCUCCAUAAAGACAUGAACAACAUCCUCAGCCAUGGCCUCAAACACGAACAGGUGUAUUAUAAACAGAAGGAUUAUUGGCAGUUUGUUUGGUGUCUUCGGUUUAUCAGCCCCAGUCUUUCCCGUCAUGUGGAGCAGUUCAGUCAGUUGGAGCCGGUGUUGAGUAGUGGGGGAUAUGGUGUUGGGGGUGAGGGGUAUAAAGCCGAGCGCUGGCUCCUCCACAGCCUGCAAAGCCACCUGCUUUCUACUCAACUCAGACCACUGCUUACGCACAUUAGCACCAUUCGCAAGUACUAUAACGAUGAAGCAUUCCUACUGAGUGAGCCACAUGUGUCUGCAAUGUUCCAGUGUUUGGAAGCUGUUGAGCAGAAUGACCCACGACUGCUGGCGCUCAUCGACACCGUCCGAGUAAGAGAGCUGUCCCAGCUGAAGGAGCCAGUUCCCAUUGGCCUAUUAAAGAGCCAAAGCAUGUACCAGUUGCCAUUGGAGCGCCUGCCAGCUUCCAUCCGCAGACACACCUCACACCUCACACUUACAGAGACCAGUACACCAUACUCAGAGACCAACUCAGAAGCUGUGGCAGGCAGCAGUUCAGUAGGUGCAGUGGGAACUCCGUGUGCGUGUGGUCACAGUGAUGGGAGCUCGGUGGUCCCGCAGGUGUGUGUAAGUGAGCCCUCCAGCCCUGCCCAGCCAGAACCAGGAGAGUGUGUGGAUGCAGAUGGAGAUGAUGGACCAGAGUACCUUGCCAUUGGUAACUUGGGGAGGAGGAGACAUUCCAGUAGCUCGGCCAACAGAAGCGAGGUGCCUCCAACAAGCGGCGGCUCCACUCCUGUUCCUCCGCAACCCAGACGCAACUCCUUCUCCGACACACAGCAGGGGACGAGGCGGAGCAUCAGGGGUCACGCAAGGUCAUUGUCUGACACAGGGGUCACACAGAAACACAAACAAGCAGGCGGCCACAGGAAAAUCACCAUUAUAAUAGAGGAUCCUGUAGCAGAAUCUGCAGUGAAUGAAGAGUGUGUGAAGAGUUAUGGACCAUUCUCUCCUCAGAGCAGCAGCAGCAGCCAGAGCUCUCUCUACAUGGAAGCCAAUGGUUUCCAGUACAACACUGUACCUGAUGGGAUGUUCAGAAAGCCGUCAGAGGGUCAGAGUUUGAUCAGUUACCUGUCAGAGCAGGACUUCGGCAGCUGUGCUGAUCUAGAAAAGGAGAAUGCUCACUUCAGCAUCUCAGAGUCUCUGAUAGCUGCCAUUGAGCUGAUGAAGUGUAACAUGUGCCGGAGGGCUGAGGAGACUGAGGAGGAUGGAGACAGCGACUCUGAGAUCCAGCAGCUGAAGCAGAAAAUUCGCCUGCGCAGGCAGCAGAUCCGUCGCAGUCGACUGCAGCCCAGCUCCUCUCAACGUGCUUUCACCUCCACAGACAGCGGCUCUCCGCUCAGUUCCCACGAUUCAUUUCUCCACUCUGACUCUGGAUCGGCCGAGGAGGUGGAGGACUUUGAGCUGAGAGAUGGCUGUGACGGUCAGGCCCUGCUGGCAUCUCAAAGUGGACUCUCAUUGUCCCUUGCCUCACUCUUCUCAGAUGCAGAUAUUAAACACACAGUGACUCCCAGCAGGUCCUUCAUCAGCUCAGAGUCUGUUUCUCCAUCUCUCCUCCAGUCAAACUCUGCAGAGUCGGUGGCAAUGGGGCUGUUGAGGCAGUUUGAGGGGAUGCAGCUUCCAGCAGCGUCAGAGCUUGACUGGCUGGUUCCAGAACAUGACGCUCCACAGAAGCUUCUCCCAAUCCCAGACUCGUUGCCGAUCUCUCCUGAUGAUGGAGAACAUGCAGAUAUCUAUAAGCUGCGUAUUCGUGUGCGGGGGAAUCUAGAGUGGGCCCCACCACGGCCGCAAAUCAUCUUUAACACCCACCCGGCGCCAAAGAGGAAGGUGGUGGUGGCUAAGCAGAACUACAGGUGUGCAGGCUGCGGUACGCGUAUUGAUCCAGAUUACAUCAAAAGGCUGCGGUACUGCGAGUAUUUGGGACGGUAUUUCUGUCAGUGUUGCCACGAAAAUGCCACUGCUGUGGUGCCGGGACACGUGCUGAGGAAAUGGGAUUUCAGUAAAUACUAUGUUAGUAACUUUGCCCGGGAUUUGCUGGGGAAGAUCGCUGGAGACCCGCUGUUCAACCCCAAUGACGUCAACACUGCACUGUACAAAAAAGUCAAAGCACUGGAGACAGUACGGGUUUUGAGAAUGCAGCUGUUUCACAUGAAGAAUCUGUUUAAAACCUGCCGUUUAGCCAAAGAUGUGCUAGAAGACUUUGACUCUGUUGCCGGUCACCUUACGGAGGAUCUGCACCUGUUCUCUUUGAAUGACCUCACUGCCGUCCGCUCUGGAGAACUCACAACAAAACUGCGGGAGCUGCUCCGCCUCGGCUCUGCUCACGUCUCCAGCUGUGUGCUGUGUCAGGCAAAGGGCUUUGUGUGUGAAUUCUGCGGAAAUGAGAAAGACAUAAUCUUCCCCUACGAGCUACACAAGUGCCAGCGGUGUGAAGAAUGCAAUGCGUGCUACCACAGAACUUGCUUUAAAAGUGGCCAACAGUGCCCGCGGUGCCAGCGGCUCGCUGAGAGGAGAGAGAGGAUGGCCCGCAAAAACAUGGAGGAAGAGGAAGAGGAUGGAAGUGGAAUCUAGCAGUAAUGGAACAAAGUCACAGAGACAUCCAAUAAAGUAAACUGUAUAACUUGAGCCCAAAGUCAAGUCUGAGGUUAACAGCAGGGGGAGCUGUACUUCACAAAGCACAAAUUUCUCAUUCAGCCAGGUAACUUGAAGUCAAGCUAAUUGAAAGAGCCUGCUUUGUGAAAAUAUCCUCCCCCUCUGAAAUAUGACUGCAUUGCACACACAGCUUUCUUGGCUUUUCAGCAAACGUUUUACUUCCAGAAGCUUCAGGUUGUUUGUUUUGUGAGCUAAUAUGAUUGUUUUCUGAGAUAUGAACUCUUUCUGUUUUCAUGUUGUAAGGUUGUUAUUGCAGAAGUUGUAUUCUGCCUCCGCCCAUGUUCUAAUAUCUAAUAAUAAUGUUAUUUUUUUUUUUUUUUAAUGAAGCAUAAAAAUGCAGGUGAGCAGUUAAGAUAUUUUAUAAGUCACUGGAAGACAUUCAGAAAUAUUUGAUACCUUGAAUUUACUUUAUUUAUUUUUGUAAAUGUUAUUUGUUGUCUGUUAUGUUGUGACGAAGCCGUCGUGCCUCUUUUAUGGCCCUGCUGCUGCUCCUCCUGCUGCUGUUGGUUGUUUUGCACAGUAUCUGUGUUUGCAGAGAGGAGACGGAUGCUUUACGACAAAAUGCUGUUCCUGAAUUUUGGGAUAUUUUGUUGUAAAGGCGUGUUUUUUACAACUAAUUAACCAGGCACUUUGUGUUGGUGUUUAGAAAGAUGGAGGUCUGUGUGUCUUUGUUUUGUUAAUACUUCAUUUGCACUAGAACGAUGUUGAGGAAAAAAGUGUCAAUGACGCACUUAAAAAUAAAGGUUCCUUCUAGGUUCGUAUUUCUUUUUGAUAAUUCUAUAUUAGAUAUAUAAACUGAAUCUCUGUUAUAGAGAUUUUAGACAUUAUACAUUACAUAUUUAAAUAUUGUUUAAUAUUUUAGCGAUAUCUAAUAGUUAUAUCAUGAUUUAUCUGCAUCUGAAUUACAUGUAAGGAGACCCUAUCCAUCAUCUGUGGAAAGGUUCUGGAUUCUGGUUCUUUAGAAAACCAAAAGCUGUGGACCACUUUAGAAAAUCCUUAAUGGAACCAUAAUUUUUAAGAAUGUAAAGAACAAAAUGAAUCACACAAAGAGCACUUCAGAGCAGACACGCUCAUCUCUCUAGCUGUUCUGAGUGAGUUUAUUACUAACCUCAAUCGCUAGCUCACACAGCGUUCAGUGUUUUAAAUAGAAAACUUGGAUUUACCUGAUUCUCACCACAUUCAGAUAAUAAACCAGUGCAGCUAUAGGUUCAGAUUUUGCUUCUGUAGAUUUUCAUCAGCACUAAUAACUGAUGUCUGUUGAUUAGCAUGAAGCAAAUAAGUACUUGAAACUCUGAAUAUGUUUCCAUGAUGAUUAAACACUUCCAUAACAAUUCCGUAUUGCAGUUUAUUUGCCGUGUUUAUCAUUAUCAGUUGUGUUGGAUGUGUGUCGGACAAACGGACUCCUCUCACAGCCACAUCGGCUUCAGAGAGGAACGUUCAAGUCUUAAUCAACAAAUUUGAUUUGUUUCUGGUUUAAAAACAGACAUUUAUUAAGGAUCUCCAGUUUCUGCAGUUUUCAGCAAUAAGAGCUGUUCAGUUGCUGGGUUAAAGCGACACAGCAGAUUUGAAUAGAAUUGUUAAACUGAGAGACCAGUUUCUUUUUGCUCUUACUGAUUAUCUGUAAAAUGGAUUUAUUGUUGCCUGAAAUGCCUUUAUAUCUGCAGAGGCUGGGGGGGGGGGAGAUUACAUGCACUACUGAGAAGAUGUAAAUGAUUCAAAUAAUAAUUUACAUUGUUAUAUAAAAUAAAUUUACAAUUAAAGACUGUU